AUGGGUAUAGCGGUUUCUGAUACAAAGUGCAGGGCCUGCCGGGAGGCUGUUGCAGCAACUUCCGCAAUGAGUGACAGGAUUUGCAUUCAUUCAAACGGGAAAAAACAAAUAUCCGUUUCAGACGAAGACUUGGUAUCAUGUUGUUCAGAAUGCGGUGAUGGAUGUUAUGGAGGAAUCCCUAUUGAAGCGUGGACUUAUUGGCAGGAAAGAGGUCUUGUUUCAGGCGGUCCUUAUAAUUCGACGACGGGAUGCAGAGCUUAUUCCUUGGCACCAUGCGAACAUCAUACAACCGGUUCCAAACCUGCAUGUCCUAAAUAUUAUUCUCCCACUCCUAGAUGCAAUAAACAGUGUGAUGAAAAAUCUUCCCUCUCGUAUGAAUCUGACAAAUCAUAUGGACAACACAUUUAUUAUGUUAGUACUUCAGAAAAACAAAUACAAUUGGAAAUCUUGAAAAAUGGUCCCGUUGAAGCUGCAUUUGAUGUAUUCACAGAUUUUCUGAGUUAUAAGAGUGGUGUCUACCAAUAUGUUGCUGGCCAAUACGAAGGUGGACAUGCCGUGAGAGUCUUGGGAUGGGGAGUUGAAAACGGUACACCUUACUGGUUGGUCGCAAACUCCUGGAAUGAAGACUGGGGUGACAAUGGUUUAUUCAAGAUAAUCAGAGGGACAAAUGAAUGUUAUUUCGAACAGGCUAUAGUAGCUGGAUUACCAAAGUUAUGAGUUUCAGAUGACUCGUGGAUGCUCCUAUCGAUGUUGCCACACAACAUAUUCAAUUUACAUUUUUCUCAACUAGCAGAUAAUAAAUAAAUGGAAUAUUAUGUAAUUUGUUGAAAUAUACUAUUACCAUUACCAUACCAUA